AUGCUCUUCGACGCCUACAAGAGCGCCGGCAUCGUUGCCGUGCUGGCCGGAGUGGCCAGUGCUACGCAGUACCACCUGGACCAGUACUACGACGCCAACAACUUCUUUGACGAGUUCUCCUUCUUCUCGGAGCAGGACCCGACCAACGGCUACGUCAACUACGUCGACGCCGACACGGCCUUUGACAUGGGCCUCGCCAGCCAGGACAACAACAAGAUCCACCUGGGCUCGGACGCGACCGAGGUGAACCCCUCGGGCGGCCGCAAGUCGGUCCGGCUGGAGUCGAAGCGGUCCUUCACGCACGGCCUCUUCAUCAGCGACAUCACGCACAUGCCCAGCAGCACGUGCGGGUCCUGGCCCGCGCUGUGGAUGUUCGGCCCCAACUGGCCGUCCUCGGGCGAGAUCGACAUCAUCGAGGCGGUCAACAACGCCGACAAGACGGCCAUGACCCUCCACACCAGCCCCGGCUGCAACAUCGUCAAGGAGGGCACCCUAUCGUCGACCAGCAUGGAGAGCGGAGACUGCGGCGCCGAGGGUGGCGGCCCCGGCUGCGCCCAGCAGUCGUACAGCACGCAGGGCUUCGGCACCGGCUUCAACGCCAUCGAGGGCGGGGUCUACGCCAUGGAGUGGACGUCGGACCACAUCUCCGUCUGGUUCUUCCCGCGCUCGUCCAUCCCGGCCGACAUCUCGGGACCGGGAAGCCCCGACCCGUCGACCUGGGGCAAUCCCACCGCCCGCUUCGUCGGCGGCCAGGGCUGCGACCUGGACCAGUACUUCCGCGAGAACAACAUCAUCAUCAACACCACCUUCUGCGGGGACUGGGCCGGAGAGGCGUCCGUCUGGAACUCCAACCCCACCUGCAGCGCCCUGGCCGCGACCUGCAACGACUUUGUCGGCAACCACCCGGAGGAGUUUGACGAGACAUACUGGAACCUGAACUCCAUCGCCGUCUACUCCCAGGGCAGCAACUCUACCCUCUCUGCCAGGGACCACUUUCACCGUCGCAACCACAGGCACUGGUAG